GGCCUGGCGCGGAGGAUACGGCGCGCGGAACUGAUUGAGUGGGGCUGUUGUUUCCACCCGGCGCGCCUUUAAAAGCGGCGCGGCGGCGGCCCUGCAGAUCAUAAUUUUGGAGGAUUGCAGCGCUGAGAUCUCUGGAGUCUGCUGUGUGUAGCCAUAAUGAGUUCAUCACUGGUUGCUUAUGAAGAUUCAGACUCUGAGACAGAAACUGAGAAGACUGAAGUCCCCCAAGCUUUUGGCACACAAAUGAGCUCUCAGAGGUCUUCUGUGAGUUGUGGUCAGCACUUUGCACCUGGUAGUUUGGGUACAAAAUCUACAUAUGAAAUGCACCCUACGGAGAACAGUGGCAGUUCUGGCACAAGCACUGUUUGUGAAGAUCCCCCUGAGCUUUAUGCACAGAAUAAUAACACUGACUUGACAUCUCCUUAUUCUAGGAGGGCAUACCCUGACCAUGCUGCAUUAUCUAUGCCUUACAGAAACUAUGAACAGACCUCAAGCUCUUCAGCCGACUCUGGAAAUGGCGUUUCCCAGAAGAGAAUACAUAAAGACAGUGCUACUGCCAUAAAAGGAAUUAGACCAUAUAUCCCCAAACGAUUGCGUCAAGAAAGUUCCAGUACACCUGAAACAAAGGAAUCUGAUCAGAGAGGUAGCUCAGAUUGUGAUGUUAAACUGGGUGUAUUGGGAGAGCAGACUUUGAGAAAGAUCUCUGAAUUAAUUAAGCCAUAUUUGGGAUCCAAAUAUAAAUCAACUGAAGUCCCCAAAAGCUUAAUAUUUUAUAUGUCUAAACACAGUGGCCCUGUUAAUGAAAUCCAGUGGUGUCCUGUACGGGAACAGAGUCACAUGCUUCUCUCAGCUUCUAUGGACAAAACAGUCAAGGUAUGGGAUGCUGUAGAUACAGGCUGCUGUUUAAAAACAUACUCCUACCACUCCUGUGCUGUUCGAGCUGCCCAGUGGUCGUCUUGUGGAAGAAGGAUCCUCAGUGGGGGCUUUGAUUCCACACUGCAUUUAACAGAUGUAGAAACAGGGAAGCAGAUAUUUAGCAGCAAAACAGAAUUUAGGAUCAGUGCGCUCAAGUUUCACCCUACAGAGUCAAAUAUCUUCCUUUGUGGAGGGUUCAGCCCAGAAGUUAAAGCUUGGGAUAUAAGGACUUCUAAGGUGUUAAGAGUGUACAAAGCUGCAGUGCAACAGACUUUGGAUAUACUCUUUCUCCCUGAAGGAAGAGAGUUUCUUACAAGCACAGAUGCAGUAAGCCGGGACUCAGCUGAUCGUACCAUCAUUGCAUGGGAUUUCCAAAGCUCUGCAAAAAUCUCCAACCAGAUUUUUCAUGAGCGUUACACUUGCCCAAGUCUCUCUCUCCACCCAAAAGAGUCUGUGUUUGUUGCUCAGACAAACGGAAACUACAUGGCUUUGUUUUCUGCACAGCGACCAUACCGGAUCAACAAAAAGAAAAGAUAUGAAGGACAUAAGGUGGAAGGAUUUGCAGUGGGCUGUGAAUUUUCUCCAGAUGGAACACUUUUGGUGACAGGAAGUUCAGAUGGCAAAGUGUUUUUCUACAACUAUCAUACUUCUAGGAUUAUUCGCACUUUGUCUGCACAUAAAGAAGCUUGUGUGAGUGCAAUAUUUCACCCAGUCUUGCCAUCACUCCUUGCAACCUGUGAUUGGGCUGGAGAAAUCAAGAUCUGGCAAUAACAAGGAGGGUUAAUUUUCAGGAUGUCUUCUGUUAGUCUGUCAAAGGUUUAGGGAAUAAACCAGGUUAUGCAAUGUGAAUUUUUGUUGUGAUGUACUGUAAGCAGGAGAGAGAGUCUUUUCUUCUAUGACCUCUAAGUGUAUGCUUUCAUAAUGCAGUGAAGAUGGUCUUGUGGUUAACUGCUGAGCAAAGAAGUGGUCCUACUCUCUCCCUCAGCCCUGGUGACAAAUUUCUGACCCUUUUGCAUCAAUCUUCUGGUGCUCGUCUAAUCCAACCCUGGUUUGAGCACCUAAACUUAAGAAAAUUGUUGCUCUUAUUAUGUUAUCUUUUCAAUGCAGUUUUCUUAAACCAGGUUUUGUCAUAGAAUCAUAGAAUCAUUUACAUUGGGAAAGACCUUUAAGAUCAUCAAGUCCAAAUCUUAUACUCCGGGAUGCAAGGAGGGCCAUCGAUAAAACCUCUAUGCUGGACUUCCGGAGGGCAGAUUUUAGCCUAUUCAGAAGAUUGGUUCAGAGUGUACCCUGGGAAACAACCCUUGAAAACAAAGGGGUCCAGGAGGGAUGAGCAUGCUUCAAAAGUCUUGAAUGCACAGGAGCGGGCUGUCCCAACAAGCUGGUGGGGAGAUUCUGAAGGAAAUUAGGGUGAAAAAGAGAGCUUACCGAUUAUGGAAAAGAAGGCUGGCUACUCAGAAAGAGUUUAGGAAUGUAAUUAAGUCUUGUAGAAAGAAAAUUAGAGAGACAAAGGCACAACUUGAACUUAAUCUUGCCACUUCUGUUAAGGAUAACAAAAAGUCUUUCUA